AUGGCUGUGCAAAAUCACGAGAAGACAGCAGAUAAUUUGGGAGGCUAUUCCAAAUUGUUUCAGCUGCACCUUGUUAUUGUUGGCGCUGGCCUGGCUGGUCUCGCGGCCGCGAUCAGUACACGGCUUGAAGGUCACCAAGUUACGAUCCUCGAGAAGGUACCAGAGCUACAGGAAAUUGGAGCUGGCCUUCAACUCACACCCAACGCAACACGGCUUUUUCGACGAUGGGGGAUCUUUGAUCAACUGGAAUCAUGUGCCGCUACACCUUCUGCAUUGUUUGUCCGACGGUAUGACGGGACUCAACUGCUUGCAAAGGACGAAGGCUUCCAAGAUAAGAUCAUAGAAAGAUAUGGAUCGCCUUUUUGGGAUGUCCAUCGAGCUGAUAUACAGGCCGCUCUGAUAGGUCGUGCCAAGUCCCUCGGUGUCGACAUUCGUCUCUCAGCCGAGGUAGAAGAUAUUGACUUUAAAAAGGCGGAGGUGAGGAUGAGGAAUGGUCAGACUGUGGUCGGGGAUAUCAUCCUGGCAGCUGAUGGCUUAUGGUCUCACUGCCGAAGCCUCUUCUUGAAACAGGACCUUCAACCAAAACCAACGGGUGACCUUGCUUACAGAAUAGUAUUAAAUAUAGAAGAUGUUGGGGAUGAUUCGGAGCUACAAGAGUGGCUAUUAAAGCCUACAGUUAAUUUCUGGAUCGGUCCUGGCUCCCAUGUGGUCGGCUAUUCUCUUCGAAGAGGCCAGAUAUACAACCUAGUUCUUUUAUGCCCUGAUGACCUGCCCCAGGACGUGAGCAGAGCUCCAGGAAACCUGGAAGAACUAAGGAAACUGUUCGAAAGCUGGGACCCUAUCCUAAGCAAAUUCCUUGCCUGUGUAAAUAGCGUUGACAAAUGGAAAUUGAUGCAUUUAACUGAGCUCGACCGAUGGAAGAACGACGAAGGAACCUUUUUAAUGGCGGGAGAUUCAUGCCAUCCUAUGCUUCCAUAUCUAGCUCAAGGUGCAAAUUCAUCAAUUGAAGAUGGUGCGGUCUUAGGAAGACUGUUAAAGUAUGUGACAAGUCGCGAUGAUCUUCCUCAAAUACUCGAUCUCUAUCAGGAGCUGCGAAAGCGUCGGGGUGAGGCAGUUGUACGUGAGGCAUCGAAGCAAAGAGACGACUUUCAUCUGCCGGACGGGCCCCUACAACAGCACAGGGAUACGAUAUUUCUAUCUUGUCUUGCAAAAGAGCCAACAGCUAAUUUUCCAAGUCGCUGGACUUGCCCUACUGUCCAACCGUGGCUGUACGGUUAUGAUGCAGUUGCCGAAGUCGACAAAGUCAUGGCGCAGAAAGGCUUUGAGGUAUAG